AUGAGUAGACAUAUGACCGGAAUAUCUGGUGUUCAAGUGUUGGCCGAAUCUAUUUACGCGAAAAUGAUGAUUUCCGAGAAGAGUCAGUCAUAUCUAUCGAUCGCACUUCUUGUGGUCUCAUUCAAGACAUCUCUAAUAUUUGCAUUUCUGGUCGAAAGACUGGGCCGAAGAACUCUAUUACUGAUAGGACUGUUGGGAUUGUUCUGCGCUCUGGUAUUCCUCUCAUUCUGUUUGGCUCUUCGGGAAGAUCUCGAAGCUCUUAAUUACCUGAAUCUCAUCACUCUAUUCCUGUAUAUCAUUCUCUACUCGUGUGGACCCUAUUUUAUACCGCAUUUCUUUUUCGCUGAAUUAUUCCGGACUAAUUACCGGGCGAUUGGCGCCACCGUUUCAGUCGUUACCAUAUAUUUAGUCCCUCUUCUCAUCUCAUUUUGUUUUAUCUCAAUUCAGACCAAUUUGGAGGCCUAUGUUUUGGCUUUCCCGAAACUAAAGGAAAGACAAUCGAAGAAAUAG